AUGCGAGUGCUAUACUGCACUUAAUUCAUAAUAUGAGUGUGUUAUCAAAGUUUUAAUUGUGACACAGUUGAACAUCUAGGAUGAGUAUGGUAUGAACUACCGUACCAAAACGUACUUUUCAGUUUAAGGAUAAUACUAUUUAUGAGUAGAAAGUGUGAACUUAACCUGUUGACCAUAUAUUCGAUGAAUGUGAUUGCAUUUUGUCAUUCACAUAGUGGAAAAUCAACGGAAUAGAUAAAAGCCAAUGGCUUAAUGAAGAAAUGUGUCUUAAGAUGAACAGUAUUCACUGCAAAAAGCUUGAUCGUCAUUGAUUUUAUCUUCAUGGAUUAUAUUACCCAAUCAGGAAGCAAGUGAAUGCAUGUUGACAUUACGUUUCAAGUGAUGGGAUGUGUGUAUAAAAGACUGAACACGGCCAAUAUAUUCUCGUAUUUAUCUAGUGUGCUCAGGAGCAGGGAAAUAAACAUAAUUGACAUUGCUUACUGUGCUGAGUGUCUGCAUUUUGGAUAAUUGGAUUAAAAUCUAGGGAAAAGGUAUGGCAUCCCGGAAGUUCCGUGCGUACGCGGACCGCUUCUCGACGCUCACGGAAGUCGCGGAAGCCAUCAGAGAGGAGGGACUUGGAAAAUGUGGACUCAUUUUUGGAAUAGAUUACACGAUGAGCAACAAAGUGCAGGGAGAGAAGACGUUUCAUGGGAAGAGUUUACAUGAAAUAUGCGAGGACAGACUCAACCCGUACCAAGAGGUUAUCCAGAUUUUAGGCCAAACACUAGAGUACUUUGACGACGAUAACUACAUCCCUUCUUACGGUUUUGGUGACAUCACAACAAAGGAUCAGGGCAUAUUUGCUCUCAAAAAAGGGGGUGACUGUAAGGGAUUCAAGGAAGUCCUUGACGCCUACAACCGCAUUACCCCGUCGGUAAAGCUACAUCGCCCCACAAAUUUUGCCCCUCUGAUUUACAAAGCCAUUAGUAUAGUCCAAGCGACAAAAAAGUACCACAUCCUUGUCAUUGUAGCGGACGGACAGGUAACAGCGGAAGACGAAACCAAACACGCGAUCGUGGCCGCAUCACAUCACCCACUUUCAAUUAUCGUGAUAGGAGUCGGGGACGGUCCCUGGGGGAUAAUGAAAGAGUUUGAUGACCGACUUCCGACGCGCAACUUUGACAACUUCCAAUUUGUAGACUUUGCUGAAGUGAUGAGUAGCUCUUCGCACCCGGCCGCUGCAUUCGCUCUCGCCUGCCUCAUGGAAAUCCCCGACCAAUACCGCGCCAUUAGGCAACUGGGGUAUCUGGAGGAGGAUUGAUCGUGUAAAUUGUGGUUAGGUGGAAUACGCUGUGACCACGCCCCAACAGUGGAAUCGUAUACAUAUACAUGUACAUAAGGCUUUAUUGUGACAUGCUCUUCUGUGUCAGUAUGUGCUAAAUAUAGACUGUGACACUGUGUAGGGGAAACACAUAAUCGUGGUAUUGUACAUAUACGGGGAAGUUUCACUUUCCAUCAGUUGCAAAGAUUUUGCCAAGGAUAAUAAGUGUCUAGAAUCAUAUUCGACACAUUAAAUCAUAUUCGUGUGCAUGUAUUUUUUGGCCGGGAGGCGUCUGGAUUCACCCUGACUUAGUGUGAAAAUCUAAGGAAUGAACGGAAUAAAACAUUAGAUUUUCAUUUGUCAUUAUAAACCUUUUUUUUUUAGAAAUUACGUUGGACUUUGUUAAAUAAGUCAAAUAAAAUAAAGGUUAAUCGGAAACGAG